AUGAUCGGGAAGGGUAUCGGGUACAACGACUGGGGGAGCGGCUGGCAGUUCACACUGGCUGGAGGCCAAGAUCCCAGGCCCUCCCCCCGGGUCUACUUGGGCCACAAGAAGGUCGCGGAUGAUCUCCUGAAGAUGGAGAUUGCAGGCCUUUUCAUAAACGCAGAUAAGUCUCUGAAGGCUCAUGGGGCAACGGACAGGGUGGAUUUGAAGUGGAACGGGGGCAAGCAGCGCUGCAGCGCCAAGCUCGUCAAAUGCACCAGGGCCAUCAAAGCGGCCUUCUAUAGGAUGGGGCAGUUCUGGUUCCCGAAGGGGGCCCCGCACCGCUGGGAGCGAUGUUUGUGGUUGUGUCAAGUAGUCAACGCGGCGCUCGCUGGUGUCGAAGCUUUUGCGCCCGCUGCACCGCGGCUGCAGACCUCGGGCCUCGCCGUCGGCGGCCCUGCGAGCAUGGCCAUGAGAGGUCCGUCGUUCGAGCCGUCCCCCGGCGUGUGCGAGCGGGCCAAGGGCUCGCUGGCACUUGCUGGCGGGUCUCUCCCUUUGAGUUCCACGAGCGCGUCUGCGCGCACCUGCCCUGUCGGCGUCGCGUCCAGCCACUUCGCCAUGUCGGGGGGCUGGGGCGUGGAGAUGUUCGGAGAGGAGCGGCCCGCGUGGGCCGAGGCCGCGCGUGGGGCUCAGCGGCCAGGACAAGACGCAAUGAAGCAGCGGGAGCCUCUCGAUUGCGCGGCCCAGCUCGCGCAGAUCACUCCGCGCGAGCAGGCCGCGGUAGGAGGCGGCGCCCUCGAGGGCCACCUCGCCCCAGAGGCGCGCUGGAUGCCGAAGGCGGGGGUCGAGGCCGACGCCGUCUACGCCGGGGCCGUCGCCGAUCUGAUGGAGAAGAAUAUGGCGGGCGACAGCGCGCGCGGGCAUGGUGCGGCAGUCAAGCCCGCGAGCGGCCUCUGGGGGUCGCGCGCGAAGGGCGAGCCAGUGGCGCAGGUCGCGCAGCGCGUCGCGCACUUCUCGGUCGAGGCGCUGAGAAGAGAGCGCGUCGGCGCCGAGAUGUCAGGCAGCCCGACGCUGCAGGCCCAUAUCCAGCACGGCAGACCCGCAGGCGUCCAGCUUUGCGGAAUCCUCGACCAGAUCUUGGCAGAGGAGGUCCGCGGCAGGACCUUGCCUCCGCCCCAGCUCCCCCUCCCCAGCGCUCUCUUCCAGAGCGAGCGGCACCGCUCCCUGGUCCUGCGCGGCGUCCUGCGGGCGACCUUCCGGCGGCCAUUCGUGGCCACCCGAGGCGGCCACCCGAGGCCACCCGAGGCCACCCGCGAGCUCACGGCCAUCCGCGGCCAUCCGAGGCGGCCACCCGAGGCGAGCGACGCCCUCAGGGAGCACCGCGCCGUGCAUCCCGUAGAGUGCUCGGCACACGAUCCUCCAGAGUCGCAGGCGUCGGCGCGGGCCUCCGACGGCCUGUUGCUGUGGGCAGCCCCUCUCGGCGGAGUCGGCACACAGGAUGCCGGGGGAUACGCGAAUUUGCACAAGCAGAAGCUGUCGGAGGCGUGCCCGGCCCCCGCCCGGCGGGCCUUGCUGCGGGCGCUGGCGGCGGGGGGGGCGCUGGCGUUGCUGCUGGCGUCCGCGGGCCUCGCCCGGAGGGCUGGCGCCGCGGCCUUCGCCGUGCCCCGCUGCAGGAGAACGCGGUGGACUGCGCGAUCUGCAAGCGGAGACGGCGCAGAUGGUCUGGAGGCCCCAGAGGGCGCCAGCGCGGGCGGCCCGUCUCCUGGGGCACGCGAGGCCGCCGAGGACGACGGGGCGCCGCAGGACGGCGCGCCGGACCCCACACUGUUCUUCGGCGGCGUGUCGGCCGCGCCGGAGAGGGAGCCCGAGGAGACCUCCUCCCAGCGCGUGGCCAGCCGCAUCAACCAGGUGUUGGCGAUGCGGCGGGCGAAGAGGCCACCACCGGAGAGGGUGGUCGAGACGGCGUGGUACGACGAGAUCGGCGUCUCCCCGACGGCCACGCAGGAGGAGCUGAAGCUGGCCUACCUGGGCCACGCCGAGGUCUUAGAAGAGCAGCUGGCCUACCUGCUGGAGUCCCCCGAGGUAGAGGAGCGGAUGGACUUCAGCGGCGAGCUCGACGAGGCGGAGGCCCUGGACGACGACAACGACGACCGGUUCCUGGAGAGACCUCCGACUGGACAGGCGACUCCGACGAGGAGGACGAUGUCGUCGUCGACCUGGACGAGGACGCCGAGGAGGACUCCGGGGGCGGCCUCCGGGCCGCCAUCCUCGAGGAUCGAGGCCAAGAGGCCCUCGCGACCGUCAGCGGCGGACCCGCACCACUCGUUCCUGCUCCCGAACGGGGUGAGGACGAGGAGCUCACCAAGGCUGAGCAGGCGGUACUGCUCUUCACCAGGCAGUCGAACUUGUACCAGAUUCUCUCCGUCCCACAGCUCCGAAGGAUCUACGACGAGGGCGGCAUCGAGGGCCUGGCGCAGCGCGUGCCCCGGCUCCACAAGGGCCUCCUGGAGACCCCGAGAAGGUCCUCAAGAUGGCGCGGGGCGAGAAGAUCCCCUGGCGCGACGAGAGGAAGCCAGAGUCGCUGCUGCUCCGGAAGGAGCCGCGCGUGAUGACUUACAAGCGGUACUCGGGCGCCAACGCGAUCCGACAGGUGCUCCAGCGCAUCACCGACGUGUUCAAGGUGUUCACCUACCACACGACGUACCACCUGAAGAAGCGGGAGGGUACCAUCUUCACGGAGCUGCCCGAGAUCUGCGUGCUGGGGCGUGUCAACUCUGGCAAGUCCGCCAUGAUCCAGCACCUGUUCAAAAAAUGCGAGAUGGCCAGGAAGAAGUACGCCCUCAGAUCCCAGAGGCCCGGCUCCACCGAGGGUAUAAACACGUACUGCUUCAACAAGCGGUUCCUCAUCUCCGACAUGCCUGGUCACAGCGAACGGAACCUCACGGCGAGGCGCGGGGCCAUGGCCUGCUGGACCUGGGACCGCUACAGGCCGGUGAUCGAGGAGUAUCUCGACACCACCAAGUGGCUCCGAGCGGCGAUUUACGUGCACGACAUUGGCAAGGCCGUCACAUGGGAAGACAGGGAAACCGUCAAGAUGCUGAAAGAGAGAGACAUUCCCACGCUGCUCGUCUUCACUAA